AUGAUCUACGAACUCCGCAUCUAUACCACCAUUCCUGGACGGCUGCCAAAUCUGCUUGCUCGGUUCGAGAACCACACGCUCAGGAUCUGGGAGAAGCAUGGAAUCAAGCAAUUGGGGUUCUGGACGACGCUCGUUGGCCCCGACGCCAAUGACCUGACGUACAUGCUGGCGUGGGAAUCGCUGGCCGAGCGCGAGCAAAAGUGGAACGCCUUCUUCUCCGACCCGGAGUGGAUCGAGGCCAGGGCCGCCAGCGAGAAGGACGGGGCCAUCAACGCGAAAGUCGCCAGCAGCUUCCUGGUGCCGACGAAGUUCUCGGCCAUCCAGUGA